AAGACGGGUCGGAUCUGAUCUUACCCGGGUCUCCACCCCGAGCGGAAAAGCAGCUCUUCCGAGCUGCAGCUUCUGAAGACGGCUCCGGUUGGGUCCUGCGGGGUGACAGACGGGACGGCACGGGCUUCCUUUGUCCUGGCUGCGGCCCCGCGGAGAAGUUUGGUGAAGGGUCCCCUAUUUCCCCCCGCCCCGCCUCUCUCUCUGUCCCUGAGCCCAUGACGGAUCCCCUGAUGCUCCCCCUGAGCCAUGGAGUUCCGGGGCUGCAGCCUCACCGCGUGGGAGUGGGGAAUCUGCCCACUGGCCCCCACGUAUUCCGGACCCUACCCCCAGCGGCCGACGGCUUCCCUCACCCCUAUGCUGGGCCAGGCCUUGAGAACGGUGACCUGCGCCUCCGGUCCAGCUCAUCUGUCCAACUGGGAUCCCAGCCGUCAGGGCCCGGGACUCUGCUGUACCCGGGUCAGCCCGGACCCUUCCCGGGGCCCCCGCGGCCGCCGCAGCUCGCGGCCAGCUUGCAUAGGCAGAAACUCCACCCGUUCUACCAGGGCCACCCUGCGGGGUGUGCCCUGGGUCCGGGGAUCCCGCGGUGCUGGCCGGGCCCUCUGGGCCCAGACCUGGCGCCCCCCGCGCUGACCUUGAGCUGUGUGGACGCCGAGCUCAUCGACGAGGAGACGCUGACUUCUCUGGAGCAAGAGCUGGGGCUAGACCGGGUGCAGGAGUUGCCCGAGCUCUUCCUGGGCCAGAACGAGUUCGACUGCCUCUGGGACUUUGGGGGCAAACAGCAGGCCGGAGCCGUGAGCUGCUGAGGGCCCCAGGGCUCUGGCUUUUUCGAGGAUUUCCCAUGUCCUCUCCCUAGCCCAAUUCCAAUCUCUUAACAGCUUAGCAGCCUUGUCCCUGGAUCCUUUCUGGCUGGUAUCUGGAGUAAAGAGACUAAAGCUUGGAGGGAGGGGGUCAUGUUUGUGGAGAAGCUCCCGCCAGCAUUAGCUGUCUGUGUCCCUGGGGUUUAAAAGGUCUGGGUUCAUGAUUGUGAAGGAGACUCCGUGGCAUUUGGAAUGCCUAUCAGGCUCUCUAGUCUGUCCUUAUUUAGGAUGGACAAGGGCACAAUCAGAAUUUGAACCCAGGUCUUCUAGCUCUAAGCUCUUUCCCACCAUACCAGACUUCUUGACUAUGGGGGCUGUUUGCUGGGGGUGGGAGGGGAAUUACAGAUGCCUGCCUUUGAACCCUCCCCUGCUGAGCCAUUUCAGGCUUAGGGUCUCUACCAGACCUUUCCUUUCCGCCUUCCAAGACUCUCUCCCAUCUGGCUGAAAGGACUACGGGCACUUGGCAAUAUGGAUCCCUGUACUUAUCUCAGGGGCACGGGCAGGGUGUGCCUGGGUCACUGCCAUAGUUGGACUUUUUUCUGCACGCCACUGGCCCCAUGCUGGGGCUCUUUGGGGGGAUUUCCCAACUCGUGGGUGACUAACUGGCUUAAGGUCACUGCCCUCUUUCUCUGCCUUUGCAAGCCAAAAUAAAAGUUUCCUUUUGGGUUUGGA